UCAGCAGACACAGAGAGAGAGAGAGAGCAGGGAGCCGAGAACCAGGAGCUUGGAGAAGAGACGAUCAUGUUGGAUCAGGUCAGAAGCUCUCCGGGUUUGAAAACGACCCAUUUGAGGAUGUUACGGCUGACAGCUGGUGUGCUCUUGCUGAGUCUGGUGGCUGGUUCAAAGUGUCCUGAUGAGCAGUGCUGUGGGGACAAGCAGACGUGUUGCCAGAUUCACUCUGGAGAAUUCAACUGCUGUCCCUUACAUCAGGGUGAGUGUUGUGAAGACCACUUGCACUGCUGCCCCAAAGGCAUGUUGUGUGAGGUGAAAGAAUCCAGAUGCACAAACACUACACACUCGCUCCCAUGGGCUGAGAGAUUUCCUUCAGAACACAGUGGCCUUGUAAAAUCAUUCAGAAUGGUCAGCUCCUCUGCUGCAAAUAAUAUGUAUGACACCAUCUGCCCGGAUAAUUCAUUCUGCCCAUCAGAGUUUUCCUGCUUGAAAGUGUCCAGCAUGUAUGGCUGCUGUCCUGUAGCGCAGGGCAUCGUGUGUUCAGAUGGGAAACACUGUUGUCUGAGUGGCCAAGAGUGCACCGCCAACAGCACUUCCUGUGUCAAAAAGACAGUUUCUGAUGUUCCCUGUGACGACACCAAGUCUUGUCCUGAUGGAUCCACGUGCUGUAAGGAUGAACAGGGAGAAUGGAGCUGCUGUCCUCUGCCUCAGGCGGUGUGUUGUGAGGACUUUAUUCACUGCUGUCCUCAUGGGAAAAAGUGUAACCUUGCUGCUCAGUCAUGUGAUGACCCAUCAGGAUCAGUGCCCUGGCUGAAGAAGGAACCAAGCCGACCACUCAGUGGACAGAAGGUUCCAAAAACCGAGGUUUCUGAUGUUCCCUGUGACGACACAAAGUCUUGUCCUGAUGGAUCCACAUGCUGUAAGGAUGAAGAGGGAGAAUGGAGCUGCUGCCCUCUGCCUCAGGCGGUUUGUUGUGAGGACUUUAUUCACUGCUGUCCUCAUGGAAAAAAGUGUAACCUCGCUGCUCAGUCAUGUGACGACCCGUCAGGAUCAGUGCCCUGGCUGAAGAAGGAACCAAGCCGACCACUCGGUGGACAGAAGGUUCCAAAAACCGAGGGUACAUCAUCAAAUAUCAGUAACAUUUCUUUGUUGAACUGCAGGAAAGAAGCAUCUGUGUUUUUAACAAAUGAAAAGAAAAUCAUCUUGCUGUGUUCAGUUUCUGAUGUUCCCUGUGACGACACCAAGUCUUGUCCUGAUGGAUCCACGUGCUGUAAGGAUGAACAGGGAGGAUGGGGCUGCUGCCCUCUGCCUCAGGCAGUGUGCUGUGAGGACUUUAUCCAUUGCUGUCCUCAUGGGAAAAAGUGUAACCUCACUGCUCAGUCAUGUGAUGACCCGUCAGGUUCAGUACCCUGGCUGAAGAAGGAACCAAGCCGACCACUCGGUGGACAGAAAGUUCCAAAAACCAAGGUUUCUGAUGUUCCCUGUGAUGACACCAAGUCUUGUCCUGAUGGAUGCACGUGCUGUAAGGAUGAACAGGGAGGAUGGAGCUGCUGCCCUCUGCCUCAGGCGGUGUGUUGUGAGGACUUUAUUCACUGCUGUCCUCAUGGGAAAAAGUGUAACCUUGCUGCUCAGUCAUGUGAUGACCCGUCAGGAUCAGUGCCCUGGCUGAAGAAGGAACCAAGCCGACCACUCGGUGGACAGAAGGUUCCAAAAACCGAGGUUUCUGAUGUUCCCUGUGAUGACACCAAGUCUUGUCCUGAUGGAUCCACGUGCUGUAAGGAUGAACAGGGAGGAUGGGGCUGCUGCCCUCUGCCUCAGGCAGUGUGCUGUGAGGACUUUAUCCAUUGCUGUCCUCAUGGGAAAAAGUGUAACCUCACUGCUCAGUCAUGUGAUGACCCAUCAGUUUCAGUACCCUGGCUGAAGAAGGAACCAAGCCGACCACUCGGUGGACAGAAGGUUCCAAAAACCAAGGUUUCUGAUGUUCCCUGUGACGACACCAAGUCUUGUCCUGAUGGAUGCACAUGCUGUAAGGAUGAACAGGGAGGAUGGAGCUGCUGCCCUCUGCCUCAGGCGGUGUGUUGUGAGGACUUUAUUCACUGCUGUCCUCAUGGGAAAAAGUGUAACCUUGCUGCUCAGUCAUGUGAUGACCCGUCAGGAUCAGUGCCCUGGCUGAAGAAGGAACCAAGCCGACCAAUCAGUGGACAGAAGGUUCCAAAAACUGAGGUUUCUGAUGUUCCCUGUGACGACACCAAGUCUUGUCCUGAUGGAUCCACGUGCUGUAAGGAUGAACAGGGAGGAUGGGGCUGCUGCCCUCUGUCUCAGGCGGUUUGUUGUGAGGACUUUAUUCACUGCUGUCCUCAUGGGAAAAAGUGUAACCUCGCUGCUCAGUCAUGUGACGACCCGUCAGGAUCAGUACCCUGGCUGAAGAAGGAACCAAGCCGACCACUCAGUGGACAGAAGGUUCCAAAAACCGAGGUUUCUGAUGUUCCCUGUGAUGACACCAAGUCUUGUCCUGAUGGAUCCACGUGCUGUAAGGAUGAACAGGGAGGAUGGGGCUGCUGCCCUCUGCCUCAGGCGGUGUGCUGUGAGGACUUUAUCCAUUGCUGUCCUCAUGGGAAAAAGUGUAACCUCGCUGCUCAAUCAUGUGAUGACCCGUCAGGUUCAGUACCCUGGCUGAAGAAGGAACCAAGCCGACCAAUCAGUGGACAGAAGGUUCCAAAAACUGAGGUUUCUGAUGUUCCCUGUGACGACACCAAGUCUUGUCCUGAUGGAUCCACGUGCUGUAAGGAUGAACAGGGAGGAUGGGGCUGCUGCCCUCUGCCUCAGGCGGUUUGUUGUGAGGACUUUAUUCACUGCUGUCCUCAUGGAAAAAAGUGUAACCUCGCUGCUCAGUCAUGUGACGACCCAUCAGGAUCAGUGCCCUGGCUGAAGAAGGAACCAAGCCGACCACUCAGUGGACAGAAGGUUCCAAAAACCAAGGUUUCUGAUGUUCCCUGUGAUGACACCAAGUCUUGUCCUGAUGGAUCCACGUGCUGUAAGGAUGAACAGGGAGGAUGGGGCUGCUGCCCUCUGCCUCAGGCGGUGUGCUGUGAGGACUUUAUCCAUUGCUGUCCUCAUGGGAAAAAGUGUAACCUUGCUGCUCAGUCAUGUGAUGACCCGUCAGGUUCAGUACCCUGGCUGAAGAAGGAACCAAGCCGACCAAUCAGUGGACAGAAGGUUCCAAAAACCGAUGUUUCUGAUGUUCCCUGUGACGACACCAAGUCUUGUCCUGAUGGAUCCACGUGCUGUAAGAAUGAACAGGGAGGAUGGGGCUGCUGCCCUCUGUCUCAGGCGGUGUGCUGUGAGGACUUUAUCCAUUGCUGUCCUCAUGGGAAAAAGUGUAACCUCGCUGCUCAGUCAUGUGAUGACCCGUCAGGUUCAGUACCCUGGCUGAAGAAGGAACCAAGCCGACCAAUCAGUGGACAGAAGGUUCCAAAAACCGAGGUUUCUGAUGUUCCCUGUGAUGACACCAAGUCUUGUCCUGAUGGAUCCACGUGCUGUAAGGAUGAACAGGGAGGAUGGGGCUGCUGCCCUCUGUCUCAGGCGGUGUGUUGUGAGGACUUUAUUCACUGCUGUCCUCAUGGGAAAAAGUGUAACCUCACUGCUCAGUCAUGUGACGACCCGUCAGGAUCGGUGCCCUGGCUGAAGAAGGAACCAAGCCGACCACUCAGUGGACAGAAGGUUCCAAAAACCGAGGUUUCUGAUGUUCCCUGUGAUGACACCAAGUCUUGUCCUGAUGGAUCCACGUGCUGUAAGGAUGAACAGGGAGGAUGGAGCUGCUGCCCUCUGCCUCAGGCGGUGUGCUGUGAGGACUUUAUCCAUUGCUGUCCUCAUGGGAAAAAGUGUAACCUCGCUGCUCAGUCAUGUGAUGACCCGUCAGGUUCAGUACCCUGGCUGAAGAAGGAACCAAGCCGACCAAUCAGUGUACAGAAGGUUCCAAAAACCGAGGUUUCUGAUGUUCCCUGUGAUGACACCAAGUCUUGUCCUGAUGGAUCCACGUGCUGUAAGGAUGAACAGGGAGGAUGGGGCUGCUGCCCUCUGCCUCAGGCAGUGUGUUGUGAGGACUUUAUCCACUGCUGUCCACAUGGUAAAAAGUGUAACCUUGCUGCUCAGUCAUGUGAUGACCCGUCAGGUUCAGUACCCUGGCUGAAGAAGGAACCAAGCCAGCCAAUCGGUGGACAGAAGGUUCCAAAAACCGAGGUUUCUGAUGUUCUCUGUGACGACACCAAGUCUUGUCCUGAUGGAUCCACGUGCUGUAAGGAUGAACAGGGAGGAUGGAGCUGCUGCCCUCUGUCUCAGGCGGUGUGUUGUGAGGACUUUAUUCACUGCUGCCCUCAUGGGACAAAGUGUAACCUCACUGCUCAGUCAUGUGAUGACCUGUCAGGAUCAGUGCCCUGGCUGAAGAAGGAACCAAGCCGACCAACUGCACCUACAGCCCAAAAUACAUCAGUAAAUAGGAUUGAAGUGAAGUGUGACCAUUACACGUCCUGUCCUGAGUACACCACCUGCUGCUUCAUGCAUAAGAACCAAAAAUGGGGUUGCUGUCCUCUGGACCAGGCUACGUGCUGUGCAGACGGAGAGAACUGCUGUCCAAAAGGAUACUUCUGCCGUGACCAGUGGUGUGAGAAAAGCUCCUGGAUAAAUUCCAACUCUGUGUCUUUAGCCUCCGUCAGGGAUACGAUAAUGUCUCAGAUCCACACCAUCAACUGCGGAGGAGGGAUCAGCUGCAGCGACCUAGAAACCUGCUGCAGGACAUCAGUAACCGCCUGGGCCUGCUGCCCAUUUCCAAAGGCUGUGUGUUGCAGUGAUAUGCAGCAUUGCUGUCCCAUGGGAUACACCUGUGCCCAGUCCGGCUACUGCACUCGAGCGAUGGGCUUCAGCUGGGACAUGUUCUUCUCCAAGAAGAAACGAGCUCUCACCACAGCAUAAACACACACACACACACACACACACACACACACACACACACACACACACAGAGCUUGUCCUACUGAGCGACAUCACCAUCCAAACCAGAAUAAAGAUCACACACACAUUACACUAAUCAGUGUGUGUUUUAUAUCUUUUGGUGAUAAAUGUUUAUUUAAUUUUGAAUGGAAAAUGAAGGGAUGAUAAUCAGAAGGGCUGAGUGUCAAUUAACUAAUCAAUCAUCAAACCUUGCAUUCCAGUGCUGAUUUUACACCUCUCUACACUUCCUCUGUCCACUUCCAAGUUAACUAUCAGCAUGUGGCCACUUGCAACACAAGGUGACGACUAUAACUGACAUUUUUUCCAGAAUCUCUGACAGUAGCUGAAGUGAUGUCCUCAAAACUUUGUAUAUAAAUUUCCUUUAAACCAUGUAACGAGUCAAACUUUUCCUGCUGAUUAGCUUGCUAAUACUUUAGCCUGCCAACUAGACAGAAGAAACAAAGCAGUUAAAAAUGUAGUAGAUGAUUUUCUGAGACACCAAGUGAGAUCAGGAUGUUCUCAGAGCAUUAUGACUGUGUGUGAUAAAAUACUGAAGAUGAGAAGAUAACAAAUCUUCCAGUUGUGUACAUGCUUAUUAGCUAGCAUGCUUACUGUAGCACUUGCUAAUGAGCUAGCAGAAUAUUAUUUGUUAUUUACAGUAAUAAUUAGCUGACCAGACAUUAAAAUGUUUAAUAAUUCUUCCUUUACUGUUGCAGACAGUGUAAACAUACAGGCUAAAUAUGACACUUGGUAGGCUAACACCAGUGAUAUCAUGCACUGAAGUUUACAAAGAGCAUAUUAGUAUCCUCAGUCGCUUGUAGUUUUUAAUAUAUUUGUUUGUAUUGCAGCACAGUGGUGCCUUUCUGUGCGGAGUUUGCAUGUUCUCCCCAUGUCCGCGUGGGUUUCCUCCGGGUGCUCCGGUUUCCCCCACAGUCCAAAGACAUGCAGGUUAGGUUAACUGGUGACUCUAAAUUGACCGUAAAUGUGAAUGGUUAUCUGUCUGUGUCAGCCCUGCGAUGAUCUGGUGACUUGUCCAGGGUGUACCCUGCCUCUCACCCAUAGUCAGCUGGGAUAGGAUCCAGCUUGCCUGCGACCCUGUAGAAUAGGAUAAGUGGAUAAGAUGUAUUGCAGCUCUGGAACUAGUCAUGGACAAAAAUAGGAAUGAAAUCUCAUUUUUAGAGGGAAGAUAUCAGAUUUUUGGUCAGCUUGGUGACUUAGCAUACAUCCUGUAACUAGCUAUGUCAUGUGAAACAAUAUAAAAGCUAAUCUAGAGUGUGUCUAACUAGAAAGUUAGCCAGUACUAGCUAACUGGUUGUGUAUGUAUCGUAAAGUAAUAUUCAUCAGCCCCAGUGUUUAACUGUUUGAAUUUAUUGUUCCCGUCUUCUUUAAUGCUAGUUUUCUUUAAAAACAAAAAAACAACCCCCCCAAAAAAAAAACAACAAACCACUUUACAUUGCAGUGAAUUCUGCCUGAGUGUCUCUUCUGAAGUCUGUUAUCGAACAAACGUCACUUGAGCUGAUAAAAUAAAGUGACCUUAAGAUACGACAGGGAUCCAUUAAGAGGAGGGCGUGGUGCAGGGAAGGUAGAAGUCGCCGAGGGAAAAUCAGUCCUGGAACAGCACAAGCUUUGUUUAGAAAUCACUUUUAAAAAAUUAAACAAAUUUCUGUGUAAUGAAGAGAUUUUCAUUUAGCCUGAGAACAUGGACUUGGUCAAACUGUUUUGAAUAGCAAAGACACUCAGUAGCAAAUACGUCAAAUAUGUCUUCUCUGAUUCUUUGGUUGUAAGAACUGCGUUUCUUCAUUCUUUAAACAUCUGCAAUUUAUUUUAAAGACAUUACAUCACUGUGUUCGAACAUCAAGACGACUUUUAUCAUUUUACCCUUUUUAUGUUGUGUGAACUAUGAUGAAUGGUCCAAAACUUCUGAGUUGUGUAUGAGAACUUUGUGUUUUAUGAAGUUGAAUAAAAGUGAAUUCCUUGAAGCACA